ACAAAUUUUAUUUUUCCAUUCCACACACUCUUUAUGGAAUUAAUAAUGAAGCUGUCCAUCCAUACACCAUAAUAAUCAUCGACAGAAUUUGGAAAAGGAAAAAAAUUCACUCGGAGAAUGCUGACUCCCAAAGUUACCUGCCCAUUGUUGGAUUUGUGGGAUUAAAUAUCUACAAGGCAACAAUUUGCAGAGAGGGGGUGGUGCGGAUAUUAUAACAUAGCACAAAUUCAAUUGCACAAAUCUAAUCAUCUGUACCUAAAGCUCUUGAAAGACAUACCAAAAGGCGGAGAAAACGAGAGAAGAAGAAAACUACAAAUAAUAUAAUACAACUUCCCAUCUUAUAUAUACAAUUAUAUGCCUAUAUAAUUAUACAACAAAGUUUUGAAUGUUAUAAGAGAAACACACAACAUUUCCACGCUGGCUUAUUAAAAGCAAUAUUUGAGAAAACAAUCUAAGUCAGAGCUUAUUUAGACUGGCUCAAAACGAAGAAAACGGGGGCGCUGAGUCUCCCGACGGCACACAAGAAGGACGGGAAGCGUGUUGGUGGAUUCCUUGGUCUGCAAUGGGCUGCUUUGGUUCACCCAGUUCGAAACAAUCGGAUAUAAAUUCUGAAGAUACAAGAAGCCAAAAGCGUCGCAGUGAUGCCAUUUCCAAGCAACUUCAAAAGGACAAACAGCUCUAUAGAGCAACCCAUAGGCUUCUAUUGCUAGGAGCUGGUGAAUCCGGUAAAUCAACUAUUGUCAAGCAGAUGCGUAUAUUGCAUGUGGAUGGAUUUUCAGAGCAAGAGAAAAAACAGAAAAUUGAUGACAUUAAAAAGAAUAUACGUGAUGCAAUAUUGACUAUUACUGGUGCAAUGAGCACACUCAAUCCACCUAUACCUUUGGAGAAAAAGGAAAAUGACAUUAGAGUUGAAUACAUUCAGGACUAUGCUUCAAGUCCUGAUUUUAACUAUCCUCCAGAAUUUUACGAGCACACAGAAGAAUUGUGGAAGGAUAGGGGUGUAUUGGCGACUUAUGAGAGAUCAAAUGAAUAUCAAUUAAUUGAUUGUGCAAAGUACUUUUUGGAUCGAGUAAGCAUAAUAAAACAACAUAACUAUACACCUAAUGAACAAGACAUUUUGCGGUGUCGUGUACUAACUUCUGGUAUUUUUGAAACAAGAUUUCAAGUUGACAAAGUCAAUUUUCACAUGUUUGAUGUGGGAGGCCAAAGGGACGAACGUCGAAAGUGGAUACAAUGCUUUAAUGACGUUACUGCAAUUAUAUUCGUAACCGCAUGUUCUAGCUAUAAUAUGGUUUUACGUGAGGAUCCAACACAAAAUCGAUUACGCGAAUCCUUGGAAUUAUUCAAAAGCAUUUGGAACAAUAGAUGGUUGCGUACAAUAUCUGUAAUUCUAUUUCUGAACAAACAAGAUUUGUUAGCAGAAAAAAUUAAAGCCGGUAAAAGUAAGCUUUCGGAAUAUUUUGCCGAGUUCAAUAAAUAUCAAACACCAAGUGAUGCAAUAAUCGAGUCUGGAGACGAUCCUGAAGUUAUAAGGGCUAAGUAUUUCAUACGUGAUGAGUUUUUGCGUAUAUCUACUGCUAGUGGUGAUGGGAAACAUUAUUGCUAUCCCCAUUUUACAUGUGCUGUAGAUACCGAAAAUAUCAAACGAGUAUUUAAUGAUUGUCGAGAUAUAAUUCAAAGAAUGCACCUUCGUCAGUAUGAAUUGUUAUAGGUUUAUUCAACAAAAAAUCACUUAAUAAAGUAAUGUGCAAAUAAUACAACUAACCAAAAUCCA